AUGCCGGAGGUAUGAUUUUUCGGAGUUUAGUGGAACAUUUAAAAAAUGGUUCUGAGUGAGAGGUUUGAUGAAAUUUAUGUGGAUAGAAAACUCGGAUUGAAUCAAUCAAAAAUUUUCGAGUCAAAAAUUCCGGGCAAUUCAAAAAACAACUAUUUUCUUUUUCUUCAGGAGUCAAAUUCAUUUUCUAAAAAUUGUAAAUCUAGCUCAGAGGGAAAUUCCGAGUGAAUUUAUUGGGAAAAUUCCGUUUCAACACUCUUCCAACGCAAAAUUACUACAGGAUUUGCUUUUCAUCCUUUCCUUUCAAGUAUUAAAUCUAGCUUCGGGAGAAAUUUACGGUUUUAUCAACCAAGUCUUACGUCUUUGAAUAAUUUUAGUGGAAUAAAAUUUUGUUUUCAACGAUUUUUUAGUUCGAAAAUUUCACAAGAAUCGAGUUUUGUGGGAUGAUUUUUGAUUUUUUCAGCUUCAAGUCCGUUCUACUCUUUAAAUAUUGCAUUAGAGAUGAAUUAAUUGAAAAAAAAAAUUAUUUUUAAUCCUAUUUCAAUAUAAAGUUAUUACAAGAAUCGUACUUGUGCGAUCACGAUUUUUUUCAUGCCUUAAAUCAGUUCAAAAAGCUUCAAAUCUGGUUUUUGUGCGAAAUUCGAGGCUUUUUGUAAUUUUUUUGAGUUUUUUUAAAGUCUGGAAUAUUAAAAUUCAAGUUCUGAAAUGCGAGAAAACCGGUGAAAAUUCUCGAAAUUCUGGCUGUUAAAUCUUUUAAAAAAAGCGUAAAUAUUCAUAUUAUACUGUUUCAAUUAAAAAAAUGUUUCUCGAAAAAAAGCGGUUGACGUACUGAAAUCCAACCUAAAAUCAUGCAUAAUUCCCAAAUCUGGAAAUAAGAUCUCAUGCAAAUCGCCCAUUUUUGAAAGAAUCCCAAUUUUCUGCCGGCAGAAAAUUGGGCGCCCGUCAAAGAUAAAUCUCGACAUUUCACACCAUUUUCUUCUUUUUCCCCUGCCCGAUUUCGAAAUUUUAAAAAAACCAGUCAUUUCUACGCUUCAACAGUGUCAUUUAUUCCCUUAACAGUCAUAAAUGUUCAAUUUUAGCGUUCUGUUCGCAAAUCUUAUUUUCGAUGCUUGUAGGAUUUAAAUAAGUCAAAAAAGUUCCAUUCUGAAUACAGAUUAAUGGAAUUUUCAGUGUUCUUUUUCUUAGAGCUUUAUAGAGCUUUAUAAAUGUGACGUUUCGCUCCGUAUCGGGUGUUUUGGCUGCGCAUCAGCUCUUUCUUUCUCAAAAAGCUUUUUUUAUAAAGUUCGACCAAUUUUUCUGUCAAAAAAGCAGCCUAACUUAGAAAUUCCAGAGUGGUCCCUCUAGGGGUUAGGGGCCGAAAAAGUGGUCCCUUUAGGGGUGGACCCCCUAUGAGUUUAGAGUUUGAUCCCUUAACCACAAAGCCUAAGUGCUCACUAUAGGGGUCUUUCAAUUUCAUUUAAGAACGCUUUUGAUCAAUUUUCGCUUGGAAAUGCGCAAAAAGUACAUAAAAAUAUUGACUAGCAUGUCCCCCGUAGGGUCCACUAACUAAAACCCUUAUAGGGACCACUUUUGCAAGCUUUAGUGGCCCCUAUAGGGGUGGUAAAGUGGUCCCGAAAGGGGCCCUCCAAGGGCUUUUAGGUUUGCCCCUAUAGAGACCACUCUGGAGUUUCUAAGAAUCGUAUUUCGCUCCGUAUCGACAAUUUUGGCUGCGCAUCAACUUGUAUUCCAGUAAAAAGGAAUCUUUGACAGAAAUCUGAAUUUAUUUAGAAUGGUGAAAAGUAUUCUAAAGAACUGAUCCAGCUUUCUUAAGGACUUUUUGAGCAUCUCAUCUUCGAAUUUGACUGCGCAUCAACUCUUGAAAUCACUUGGGCUAUAAAAAAAGGAUUUUUUAGACGAUUUUCAAAAGUUCAAAUGAUAAAUAGUAUUUUUCGUCGGGUAAAUAAAUUUCAAUGAAUCGGAGUGUUCCUCAAAAUAUUUCUCAAACUGAGUUUUUGAUAAUUCAAAAAACUCCUCAAAAAAGGCCCCAUAUUCUUUUGUUAGUUUUCUUUUUGAAAAAAGAGAAAAAGAAAGAUAAACGAGCAGGACGGAAUGUCGUUGGUUUUCCCGUGGGGUUGAACGGGGGAAAUGUCAAAAAUGUUCGGUCUGACAAGACUUUCCCAUUGUUCUAUUUUUCACGCCAUUCACACUUCUCCGACUUUUUUUUGGAGAUUCCUUUUCUUGGUUCAAAUUUAUAAUGGGAUUUUUUUAACAGCUGUAUGAAUAUAUUAACAAUGGAAAAUUUCAAAAUUUGGUAUCACUUCAGAUUUUUUUCUUGAGUUAACUCGAUACAACAGCUCUGACCUCACUUCAAAUGGAAAUUUUCUUUUUUCCGGCUCAAUUUUAAACCUUAUUUUUUAUUUAAACAGCGACUUUUGAAAAAUAUGAAAGCCCUAUGAACAUAUCAACAGAAGAGAUCUUGAAUUUUGAUGUAUUUCUGAUUUUAACUCAAAUUAACCAACUUGAUAAAAAAGGUCCCAUAAUGGAUUUUUCAAUAGCUCUAUGAAUAUAUUAACAAUGAAAAAAAUCUCAAAAUUUGGUAUCACUUCAGAUUUUUCUUGAGUUAACUCGAUACAACAGCUCUGAAUUCACUUCAAAUGGAAAAUACUUUUUUUUUGUUCGGUUCGAAUUUGAAUGUUUGUUCCUUAUAAUUGAGUUUCAACAGCUCUAUUUUCAUAUUUAAACUGAAAAACUUAAAUUUUGGUAUCAUUUUGAAUUUAUCUCGAGUUUACUCGAUAAAAAAGCUGUGACCCUUUUUUGAAAUGAAAAUAUUUUUAUUAAUUAUCAAAAAUUCAGUUUUUGAUGAUGUUUUUCUGCAUAGAAGCCAUAUAGAAUCAGAAUGUUCACUUUGAUAUUUAUUAUGCCUUUUUUUAACUUAAACUUUUUAUAUCAAAUAGUGGUUCCACAAUUAUGAGAAAUCAUUUAAAAAAAAAAACGAAGUUUUAUGCCUCAGAUCGUCUUUUUUAGGGCGUGUUUGAAGUAUUUUUCGAUCCUACUCGGAAUUUUUAUUACUUAAUUUUUGAUUUUUUGAAAUUAAUUUAGACCCUUUCGAAUCUUCGAGGGCUAGUUUUCGGAAUAGACAUGUGAUUUUUCAUAUCAAGCCUUUUUUGAAGAGAAAAAAUAACACGAUACAGCCUCCCUAGGAUUUAAAAAACAGAAGAUGUGCGCCAGAGCGUCUUUUCAUGGUGUGUGUGUUGAUUUUUCAACAGUUUCGCUCUUCAAAUCUUGUUCUUUGGAAUAAAUUUCAGUUUUUUUCUUUCCAAAACUUUUUUUGUUAUGACGUCCUGAUUGAUUGAAGUGAAACAUUGGGGGCGGCCGAGGGCUUGUCAAGAAAUUGAAAACGGGCGGGCCGGCCCUGGGGAAAUAUUAAGAACGAUGUUCAAUAUAUAGGAUCCCCGUUCCAGGGGAGGCUUCGACGUUGAAGUUUCUUGGUUCUGAGAAUCUUUUUUUCUGGAUUUUUUUCUCUAAAAUAUUUUUGAUUUUUUUGUUGGAAUGGACUCUAACGAAAAAAAUUUUUUUCAUUUGAAGCUUUGUUUUAAGAAAAAUUUUUUUCAAAUCAUCCCUCUUUUUUUAAAUUUGUAAGGAGUCUAAAAAAAGGAUAAGCUUCUGGUGGUAGCUAUAAGUGAUCUAAUUUUUCGAACAAAGAAGAAAAAAAUAUAAUUUUAAACUAAAUAUUGCUUAUCACUGUUCUUACAGCGCUUCAUGGGAAUUGUAAGCCUAUUUUUUUAGUUGUAUUAUUUUUUAUCGAAGUUUUAAAGCUUUAUUUUCAACUUUUGCGCUCAGCCGCGUCGCAUAGCCGAGUCGCAAAAAUCUAACAUUUUUUUGAGAUCCUCCAAGUAGCUCCAAAGUUUCUGAGUGUGUAGUUGUGAAGGAAAAUGAUUAAAAAAAGUUUUUUUUUCCAAUUUUCUCAGUCGAUCCUCAAAAAAUUCGAUCUCCAGCCGAUUGGAACGAUCUGAGAGUCUUACAUUUUUAGAAAUUUUUUUUCAUCAUCAACGCUUGCUCUCAAAAUAAAAACGAAAUUCGGAAGGCCCCUGAUCUUUUCAUUCUUCUCGUCUUUUUGCAAUCCGAGCUGCGGCAUAAUUGCGGCAAACGAACCCGCUUUGCACCACCACGACGGCUUCCGGUCUUUUCGAAGAUUUCUGUCGGAUUUUUUUCCCAUCCCGCCCUCAAUGUUCAAGCGUUCCUUCUCGUCGGAGCUUCUUCUGGAUUUUCUGGACCAGCUGGAGAUGUCGUACGGUCACGAAGUCGUCCACUACGCCAGGACCGAGGAGCACGAUCUCUACAGCUUGUUCCAUGGGAAACCCCAACUCUGCAAGGCCAACAUUCGGUUCAGCACCAUGCAGGUUGAGAAAAUGACUGUGUUUUGGAGAUUUUGAGCUUUUGGUAGGGGUAUAACUUGUAUGGUGAGAGGAGAGCUCCCUCCCAGCUUUUUUUAAGCAAAAAAAUCAGCUUCUUGAAGGACUACCAGCCAAAAAAAAUGAGCUUGAGAACUAUUAAAAUUCUCAAUCGACCUUGUGGCUGGAUUUUUAAAGCUUUAUCAAAGGGUAAUAAUGAAAGGUGUUUUUCAGGCAGUUAGUAAGAAAAAGAACUUCUUUUCGAGCUUUUCAAACACAAAAUUAUCCAGACUCAGUCUCUUAAAAGCCAAAAGGAGCUUGAGAGUUUUGAAGGUUAUCGAUUGACCUUUCUAGGUGCAGCUCAUGGAAAGAUGCAACUUCAAAGUUGAAAAUUGAAAAUUGAGGCUCUCUAGGCUAAUAUUUGCUUCAGAAACAUACAGGUUGAAAAAAUGGCUGUGUUUUCAAGAUUUUGAGGUUCUGAUAAAGCUUGGCGAGCAGUAAGAAAAUAGCCUCUUCCGAACUUUUUUAAAGCAAAAGUUUUGACUCAAUCUCUUGAAAUACGAAGGGUACUUGAGAAUUAUGGAUGUUCUUGACUGACCUUUUUUUUUGUCUAAACGCGUUUUCAAAGAAAAAUUAGGAUAAUCGUGGUUUUCGAGGCGAUUAAAUAAGUGACCGUUGUUUCGAGAUUUUGAACCAUCGGAGAGUGUGAAAACUUGGUUUUCAAGUCGAAAAUGGCGACAAGAUGAUAACUGUGGAAAUUCUGUACGUAGAUUUUUUUUCCACAAGCAGAUCUCAUUCAGAACCAGGACUUUUCUUUUCUUAUCCUCAAGUCUGUUCAAUAUAAACUCUAAACUUUCAGUUCCAAGACCGCCUGUCCUAUAUCGACAAGCGAUAUGAUCACCUGCGGAAAAUGACCCACACGUUGAGGAAGAAGGUCAAUGAGCUUGAGGUGAGCGGCUUUUCGAAGUCAUCCGCGGCAGCUUUUCACGAUUUUUGCUUUUUUGCGGCCUACAGAACCCUUCCUUUCGAUGCGCGUGGCCUGAAUCUAUGCAUGCGCCUUUAAUUUGACAAAAAUUUGAAGUUAAUUUUCAUCCGAGCUACAGAACACCCCGGGAAGUCUUCCCUUUGAUACACGUGACCCGUUUCUGUGCAUGCGCCUUUAAUAAAGCAAAAAUAGAAGGCUAAUUUCCUUCCGAGCUACAGAAACCUCCCAAGAAGUCUUCCCUUUGAUACACGCGGCCCGGUUUUUUGUAUGCGCCUUUAAUAAAGCAAAAUUUGAGGCUUAUUUUCUUCUGAGCUACAGAACACCUCCGGGAAGUCUUCCCUUUGAUACAAGCAGCCAAUUUCUGUGCAUGCGCCUUUAAUUUAGCUCGUAGCUUCUGUUAUAUUAAAGGCGCAUGUCUUGGGGGUCUCGAAGGGAAUCGGAAAUAAUUUUUUAAUUCUGUCCAUUUUCUGAGAACUUUAGUAGCUUUCACUAUGAGAAAUAUUCGGGAAGAUUCAGAUCGACUAGGAAAAAAUUUGACGUAAGCUUGUAAUCUAAAAUAAGAUUUACAGUGGAUUCUACAAACACCCGAACAGCUAGAUACUUUUUGUCAGUUGUAGUGGAAGACCUAUUUUUUCCGACCCCAACUCCAAAAUCCACGAAACUCGUAGGAAAUCAUGCGGCAAGACAACGACGAGGAGAACAUGGAGGUGAUCAAGAAGCUCCUGGACGAGAUCAAGCGGGAGAAGCAGUUGAUGCGGGACGAGGCCCACGUCAUCCGCGGCGAGCUCUCCCAGGCCAUGUACAACGAGGAUCUUCGGUACGAUCCCCCUCGAAUAAUCAAUAAAUCAAUUGCCUUGAAAAAAACUAACCGUUUUCGAAUAAUUUUCCCAUUUCUAACCUCUAUCCACAGGUCGAAAAUCCUCAACUUUAUCGACCAGUUCGAGGAUUGGUGGUACGACGAGUCGCAGUACGUAACAAAUCGCUUUCUUGGUGUAUUUUCUUAGAGAGUGUUUGUGUUCACACUUUGGCAUGUUUUUGCACUGUUUUCGGCUACCGUAAUACUUUGAACGGGUGAUUUUUGAAUUUCGAGCUUCAGUUCAUUCAUAACAACUUGAUGAGGCACGAGGCCACGCCCUGCGCCUUUAAAUUUUUUGAAGAGUUUGAAUAUGUUUAUAGUUUAUUUGGCAGCAGAAACUCGUACAAAACAUCACGCCAGUUUUCGUGUCAGGAUAUUUUUUAGAUUGAAGCCCAUGCUCCUUUAAAUUUGAACGACUUUUGAAUUUUUGUGUUGGUUUUUGGGGACUGUAUUGUACAUGGAAAGCUAUCAAUUAGAAAAAAUAUUUUGUUAGUUUUUUUCAAAGUUUAAAGAAGCAUCAACAUAUAAAUAAUAAAUAUCAUGACGCGAAAAAAGAAUUCUUGAAAUUUACUCGUCUCAAUCUUGCUGUGAAUAAACUGAAAAUCAAAGAAAAAGUGUAGAAAAUAACAUAAUUUUAUAAAAUCCACGUACAACAUUGCUUGCUUGCUUGCUUGUGCUUAUUUUUAAAAAUGCUGGUUUUUUUUUUUCGCUAUUCUUUUUUUCCAAAAAAAGCUUGCUUCUUUGGAGUAUGUGUCUGAUUGGGGACCCGAAAAACAGAGUUUUGAUAAACGAGCGAGAAAAAGAAGAAGGAUACUUUGCGCUCUAUGGAUAAAGUUUUGGGGACAAACUCUCAGAAAAUUUUUUUGAAUUGUCAAUCUUAGGAACUUGAAAGUGAACCCUAUAGAAGCAAACUUACGGACCCUUAGAGGGCCCCUCUAGGGACCACUUUACCAACUCAUAUAGCGACCACUAGAGCUUGCAAAAGUAUCCCCUAAAGGGGGUUUAGUUAGUGGCCUUCUAUGGGGAUAUGCUAGUCGAUAGUUGAAGACGCAUUUCCAUGGGAGAAACUGGAAAAAAGCCGUUUUUAAAAGAAAUCGAGGGACCCCUAUAGGGACCACUUGAGCUUCGGGAACUAAGGAAUCAGACCCUGAACCCCAAUAGGGACCACUAUAGUAUUACCCCAAGGGGAUCACUUUUUCGGUUCAUUCAAAAGUUUUUUCCCCUCCGAACCCCUAUAGGGACCUCUCAGAAAUAUCUAAGGUGUCAAAAUCCAAACUUUUUCUUGAUUUUUGCUCUCAAACUCGGACCUCGGUAACCCAAACCGGACUUUUAAAAUCAUUUCUAGUGAUCACUUAAGAGGUCUGAAGCUCCUAAAGUGGUCCCUAGAAUUAAUCAAAGGGGGGUUUUUCCAUCAAAAGUCUAUCAUUAGAGCGCAAAAUUCAGCCAUUUUUCAGUUUUAAUCAAACUGAAGCUCACUUUUCCGGGUACCUUAAUCAGCUUUCACUAAAAAAGCCUUCAAUGGACGGCAAGGUUGCAGGAAACGAAUCGCGGGUGAAUGGCGUCGGAUAGAAGAAGAACGGAAAGCCGAAUCCGAAGAAUCCACGUCGACGAGGGACGACGACACGGCGUCCUCUUGCCGAGAAACCAGCAUGUGA